AUGUCUUCUUGUGAUUCUUCUUGUGAAUCAGAUGAUUGUUGUUGUUGUUGUGGAAAUAAUGAAGACUCUUCAUACACCGAAGAAGAUUCAACAAUAGUUUAUUCAUUAUUCUCAAUACCCGAAGGAACCAAAACCCUAACGAAAAAUUACUUUAAAAAACACACAUUUACUCAAGCAGUUGUCCCAAAUUUCGUUGAGUCAAUUUCACAAGGCGUUUUCAAGUUAUGUAAAUCACUUAAAAGUGUCACUUUACCAAACUCCGUUACUUUGUUGGGAGAAAAAUGUUUCAAAUGUGAUCACAAUUUAAAGUCGGUUACUCUUUCCGAAAACUUGAGAGAACUUCCAGCCUUUUGCUUUUCAGACUGCAAAAAGUUGCGAGAAGUUGUAAUACCGCAAAGUGUAUCUAAUUUGGGAGAGAAGUGCUUUUUUAAUUGUGGCAUCACAAAAAUUACAAUUCCAGCGACAGUGGAAAUUAUCAGCAAGACGUGCUUUGCGUCAUGUGUGCGACUUGAAGAAAUUGUGAUCGACUCUAAAAUCAAUUUUCUUGAAUCUGAGAUGUUUGCUCGCUGUGAAAAGUUAUCUAAAGUCACUCUUCCAACAACGGUGACUGCAGUUAAAGAUUCUGUUUUUACUGGUUGUGAGAAAUUGGACGUUUCAGUUCUUCUUGUUAAUAUUAAAAGUUUUGGGACAGAGUCUUUCAGUGGAACUCAAACACCACAAGAUUUAUUUAUAGACGGUAGUGUUUUUGAAAUACCAAUUGGGUGUUUUUUUGAAUGUGAAAAUAUCACUAAAAUUGUCAUUUGUGAUGGAAUAUCGACACUUGGAAGUAAAGCAUUUUAUGGGCUCAAAAACUUGGUUUUUGUGACGAUUUCAGACUCUGUGAAUUCCGUUGGAGACCAUUGUUUUGAAAAUUGCACAAAUCUUAUUGACAUUAAAAUGCCAAAAAAUGAAGUCAAAAUCGCGAAUUAUCUCUUCAAUCAAUGCUCAAAACUUCAUCAUAUUGAAAACAUUAAAAAUGUCGAGGAAAUAGGGAGAAACGCGUUUUGUAUGUGCAAAACACUUUUCAAAGAGUUUCCAAAGUAUUUUAAUAAAGUGAAAAGUAUUGGUGAAAGUGCAUUUUCUGAAGUUGGUCUUGAAAAAGGUGUGUUACCUCAGUCAUUGACUUUUCUCGGGGAAAAUGCGUAUUUUUCUAAAGUCAAAAUGUCGAAACUUGUUAUCAACGAAAACGUGAAAAAACUUCCAAGAUAUUGUACAAAAUCACUGUUUUUUCAAUUGUGA